UCCUGCCCUGUGGGUGGAGAGGUGCGUGUCGGGGUGGAGGGGCGUUGGUUCUGGUUCUGUCCCGUCGUCAGUUGGACCUGAACGCGAACAUGCAGACGCCUGCUCUGAUUUCCACCUCCUGGCUGGCACGGAACCUGCAGGACCCGGGGCUGCGGGUCCUGGACUGCUCCUGGUACCUGCCGAUGAUGGACCGAGACGCUAAGAAAGAGUUCGCGCAGACCCACAUCCCCGGAGCCGCUUUCUUCGACAUCGACAAGUGCACCGACCCCGACUCCAAGUUCGAUCACAGCAUGCCGAGCGAACGCUUCUUCUCCGAGUACGUGGGUAACCUGGGCAUCGGGAAUCAAAGCCACGUCGUCGUGUACGACGCCAGCGACUUCGGGGCGUUCACAUGCUCCCGGGUUUGGUGGAUGUUUCGGCUCUUUGGUCACCCCCGGGUGUCGCUGCUGGACGGGGGCUUCAAGAAGUGGGUGAAAGAGGGGCAUCCGGUGACCAGCGCCGUCACUCGGCCCGAACUUGCGCGCUUCAACUCCACCAUCAACCGAUCCUGGGUCAAGACGUUCGAGGAGGUGACGGACAACAUCAGCAGCCAGAAGUUUCAGCUGGUGGACGCAAGGAGUCACGAGAGGUUCUGGGGGAAAGAACCGGAGCCCAAAGAAGGUGUGGACCCGGGUCACAUCCCCGGCUCCAAGUGCAUGCCCUUCUUCGAGUUCAUGGACGAGGACGGGCUGAUGCUCCCGCCUGAGGAGCUACGGAAUUUCUUCCAGAGGUCUCAGGUGGAUCUGAGUCAACCUCUGUGUGGCACCUGUGGCUCUGGCGUCACCGCCUGUCACGUGGUUCUGGCCGCCCAUCUCUGCGGGGCUCCGGACGCCUCGGUCUACGUGGGGUCCUGGUUUGAGUGGUUCACCAAAGCUCCACCCCAGCACAUCCUGCCUGGGGUGAAGAGGCAGCUGUGAGGAGCAGAAGCGCCACUCCCAUCAGCAGCACAGCUUCUGCUCUUCCCAAGACGUGAGCUUGCACCACUGCGAGUUGGUGCUUAUUUAGAAGACACGUGAGACUCCUGCACCUCUUUACUCCAGCCUUCAUCCACCUAGUCAGGCAGAGAAAGAUGAACAAAUAAACAACUGCAACAAAUAAA